AGUGAGAUCCCCAACACCUGCGCUUCUCGACGCUACGCCGACUUAGAUAAUUGGCAUCUUGCUUCCUUUUUUAUACAAAAAUUAGUAUCAACUGUGUGAUUAUGUGAACAUUCUUCAAGUUUCUUUCAUAAGCUCUUAAAAAUCAUCCUUUGUGUGAAAUUGUUCAUAUAGUCUUCUACUGCGAUGUAAAAUGGUUUGAAGAGUUUUACAGAGGUUAUUUAUUGGUCACAUAAAUACAACCUUGUUAUUAAUUUGAAACCAUGCUGAUUAAAUCCUUUGUUUGAAUCGAAGUGUUGACCGCCAUAUUCAUUGUGGCAGACAGUGUAUUCAGUUAAAGAAUAUUACAGGUUUUUUUUCAAAAGUUUGAACUUAAUUUUAAAAGAUGAAAAUUACUAUUACCUGUUUUAUUGUCCUCGCAAUGCCGAGUGUCGUGACCGGAUAUUCAGCGGGAGCGCCCUCUGGCGCGUGCGAUUCGAUGACGCCAAAUCACGGAACCACUACGUCAUCAGCACCCAUUCCGUACACGCUGACAGUUUCAACGAACACUUACGACUGUAAUGACGUCAUUACUGUGACGCUGGUGGCUAGCAGUGAUGCUUUCAAGGGAUUCCUGUGUCAGGCCAGACCGGAUGUAAACACGUACUCCACCGUGGGUACUCUUGCGGCCAGUGGCGGCCUCUCUGCUACCUCAAACUGCGGCGAUGGGGCCAUUACCCAUUCAGAAGGCAGUAACAAAACAUCGGCGGUGUUCACAUGGACAGCUAGUGGCAACAGUUCUACAGUCAAUAUUGUGUGCACAGUUGUCCAAACUCAGAUGAAUUUCUGGGUGAAAGGUGUACAGCAGCCAAUAACAUUCUCUGGUUCGGUCUGCUCUAAAGCGCAGGGAUCUAGCGCGUCAUGGCCCUUAGUGUUCCUUCUGUUGGCCCUGGUUGCUGUUCAACGGAAGAUCAGCAUCACCUAAAAUGAGCACUGACGCCUGUCGGUCAAUUGGUCGUCUCAACGUACCUCAGGACGCAUGAGCCGUAUUAUUCAAGACUAUAAAGGAGCAGGUUCGCUCAAUUCCGAGGAAAACAAUAAGUACAUGAGGGAUAGUUUUUUCUUUAAACCGGAUGUGCACGGGAUUUGAGUUAACUAAACCUUUCAAUCGAUACCUUUUAUGCUGAGAACGGCGUUGCUAGGUCCUGGAAGUCGGAAAGGGUGUCUUGAUAUUGACAAAAUGAAGGAGUACAAUUCAUGAACCGAGAUUCUUUUCUAUAUAUAAGUUUUUUCGUCUUUCAGCACCUAAUGCACUUAUCACAGCAGCCAAAACCUAUACGGAUUUCAAGGUUUGAAUAAUAGCAUUCCGCGCACAGCAUGUUUGUUGAAGAAUUUAAAGAAUAUCUUAUAAAAUGCAGAUUCUUAUCGGAUUUGAACAUAACUGCUCCAUUAUAUUCAUGAAUACUACGGCUUGAUUCUCCAUUGUAGCAACUCAUGUAAUCUUAUAUUCUGUAAUGAAACUGUUGUUGCUGGGAUAAAAAACAACAUAUUUUUUCUUGCUGAUUAUGAACACAUCUGCUCCAUUAUAUUCGUGAACACUACGGCUUAAUUCUCAAUUGUAGCCACUCAUGUACUCUUAUAUUUUGUUAUGAAACCUAUUCUUACUGAGACCAUGUUGGAAUAGGUAAAAGGAAUAUCUAAUGUCGAUUCUGCAAAUAAACUUUAAAACUUUGUAACAAU